AUGGAGGGCCACCGUGGAAUUGCUGGCUGUCGGUGGCUCUUCAUAUUAAAUGCUAUCAUAACCGUAGUAUGGGUUUGUGCCGGUGUCUUCAUGCUCCCUGACCUGCCAAACAAACCCAACCCCCGCGCGGUGUGGUUUACGAAGGACCACGCCGAGCUGUCGAUGGAGCGACUAGUCUGCCACGGCCACGGGGAACCGAAGCGGACGACUUGGGCGGGAGUCAGUCGCACAUUCUCAAGCUGGGUAGUGUAUUUCAUUGCGGCUCUAUAUAUCGCGACCGUGCUGGGGACGUACGGAUAUGUCUACUUCGGACUCUUUCUCAAGUCGCAGAAGAACGCAGACGGAAGUCAUCGAUGGAGUGUUUCGCAGGUUAACGCGACCGCGAUCGGCGGUUCGGUGAUUAAUGUUGUCUCUGUGUGGGUCUGGGUCUUGCUUUCUGACUUCAUGGAGACGCGCUGGACGCUAAUUGUCGCCCAAGCUGUGCUCGGGACAAUCCCAUGCAUUAUCAUGAGCAUUUGGACAUCCCAUCCCACAAAGAUAGCUGUAUCAGCUGCAUACGCAUCUUAUUUCAUUUCAUGUAUUUGUCUCGGGACAGCACCAUUGAUCUUCUCUUGGCUUUCCGAUAUCACCCCGCAGGACCCGGAGGCGCGUUCGUUGAUUAUCGGCGUCAGCGUUGCGGGAUACUACUCCAUAAUGAUCGAUGUCCGCUACCUGCUGCCGCAGCGUGUGGCUUUCCGGGCUACCCUUAACAGCGGUACUAGCAGGUUGGAGAAGUUUGACGAAGAGUAUAGCAGCAGUGUGAUACUGAGAAUGGUAAGUGAUGAUCUAGUAACCACUUCCUGGUCCCGUAUGCCAGCCACCCAUUGGGAUGCUGAGCAGUUUGCUGCCCUCAACAUUCAUGACGUGACAUUGGUACAAGAAACAAACAUUAUUCCAAGACUAAUCGCCCCUUGGUUUCUGCUUCCAAAACAAGUAGAGCGGUAUGAGGAAAAUCCUCUGAUAACAUUUUUCAAGUCCAGAGGGACCGGGCAGAAAAUUCGACGGCGCCGCUCCCGAUAUGAACAACCGAAACCCCAACCCUUCAUUAAACCCUCUGCAGGUAAUGCGAGCCAAACAAUACCUGGGGAGGACAAAACAUCCGUAUGCUUACCACGGGCAAUCGCAAGGUUAGUUCGAAUCAUUUCGUACGUCAAUGCGACGGGGAUGGAAUACCCAUCACAAUUUCCGCUCGCGUCCAACCCUUCUCCUUCUCAAGUCUGA